AAUAUUUCAAUGAGAUCUAGCAGAGACAGGAGUGAAGUCACAUCCUCAGCAGAAUAAGGAAGUUUUAUUUGAGGCGACUUCUGUGUAUCUCUACUCUUGCAUGCUGGCUGAGAAAAAAGAAUUACAAGCAAUUCUGUCUUGUAAGGAUAUUUUAAAUAAAUUUCAUUUGUAAGAUGUUGAAGAGAAAACCCUCCAAUGCUUCAGAGAAGGAGAAAUCUCAGAAACCAAAGAGAACAAGCAGCUUUGGGAACUUUGACCAUCGUGGACAUCAUUCGGUAUCAAAACAAGAAGAUUCACCUGAGACAUGCGAAGUGGAUGGUGUAAAUGAUGGUGCAGAAUCCGGACAUAACAAAUCACCCAAUAAUGGAGGGACCAUUGGAAAGAAGAUGAGGGCCAUUUCCAUGACCAUGAAGAAAAAGAUGGGCAAAAAGUACAUCAAGGCACUUUCAGAGGACAUGGACGAAGAAGGAAAAGAUAAUUCCUGCUCUAAUAGAGACAGUGAUCCUGGGGGAGGAUCAAACACUGAGAAGGUCUCUCUGAAAGCCAGUGACUCCAUGGACAGUCUCUAUAGUCUUAACAGUGGCCAAAGUUCAUCAAGUGGAGUAACCAGCUGCUCAGAUGGAACAAGCAACAGGGACAGCCUAAGGCUUGAUGAUGAAGUCCCUUACACUGGACCUUUCUGUGGCAAAGCCAAAGUACACACAGACUUCACACCAAGCCCUUAUGACACAGACUCUCUCAAAAUCAAGAAAGGAGAUAUAAUUGACAUCAUCUGUAAAACCCCAAUGGGCAUGUGGACAGGGUUGCUAAACAACAAGGUGGGAAACUUCAAAUUCAUUUAUGUGGAUCUUAUUACAGAAGAGGAAUCCACACCCAGAAAGAUAAAGCCACACAAGAGGAGCAAAAGGGUCAAGCCUGCUUCUCUUCAGGAACUCCUGGAACGGAUCCAUCUCCAGGACUAUUCAUCAACCCUCUUGCUAAAUGGCUAUGAAACACUGGAAGAUUUGAAAGAUCUAAAAGAAUGCCAUUUAAUUGAACUUAAUAUUGAAGACCCAGAAGAUCGAACAAGGUUACUCUGUGCUAUUGAGAAUCUUCAGGACUAUGAAAAUGAACAAGAGCAAGAAACAGAGCAAGUGCCACAGAGCUUAAGCCCUGACCUCAGCUUUAACAAGACACAGUUAAAUGACUGUCCAAGAGACUCUGGUUGUUACAUCUCACCAGAAAAUUCAGAUCACAGCAAAGAAGACCUGGAUACAGAGAAUUUGUCUGAUAUGGUAAAGACAAUCACCAUUACAGAAUCAAAUUGAAUCCAUUCAUAUUCUCAGCAAAAUUGUUAACACUGAAUUUGUGGCUUCAACAAAUGCACUGAAUUUGUCUGUAAGCAUAUGAAUGCAGUAACAAACAUUAUCAAGCCUGUCAUCUGAUUUCCAGCUUUUAAAAACAAUUAUACAAACCUCUUAAAAGCAUAGGUGAUGGUUUUUCAAUUCAUUUUUAAUUUUCCUAAAGGCAGAGUGAUUGCAUUUUUAUACAUUAUUUGUACAGGAAAUUACUUUUCUGUCAUACAAGAUUGACUAGCUAAUGGUUUAUAAUUCUAAGACUUUUCCUCUCUAAAACUAAAAAACAAUCUAAAUAUUGUAAAUAGUGUACAUAAUUUGUUAUUUUGCAAAGCAAAGGCUAGUUAUCCUGUCAUUUUUAUCUGAUGAUACAUUUAUAUGAAAUACUACUGUGCCACCAGAAUGCCUCUGCAAUUAUAAUGUAAGCAGUCAAAUGUUUGAUUAUGAAUAUUUCUGGCUCUAAUUUAAUUAAUACAAUAUGCAGAGUUAACCCUAAUAAUUACUGAAAACAAUAUACACUGCUGUGAGUGAAGAAACAUUAGUGUAUACUAGACAGUCGACUGUUUACAUCAAACUGGACUGUGUAUUCUGAAUACAUCAUCAAUGUGUUUUAUAUAUAUGAUUAAGAAUAUGAUUUCCAUUUCUAUGAAGGAACCAUUCUUUUAAUGUGUGUGAUUUGAAAAUAGGCAUACAAAAUUUCUGUUUCUUAAUAAACAAUUAAGAUUUAUAAAAUAAUACAUAAAGUAAAAUUGUCCACCACGACUCACAAAUGGUCAUAUCUGCAUGUAUGUUAGAUUUUCCUUCUUUGGUUUAAAUACACCCUUUUAAAACCCGAUUGAAAAUAAACUAGUAUCACUGAGUUCAUGUUACUUUGAACAUGGAAAUUUAUAAAACAGAAAUUUCACAGUCUUGUUUACUACAAAUUAUAACAAAUCAUCUUUGUUCAAUGUCUCAUGCUGAAAAUAAAGCUUCCCCAAACUGAAAAAGGGUUUGACUGAAAAUUCAAUACAUUCCAAUUUUAUAGGUACAAUGCAAUGACUGAUUAGGAAAUUCAAUGAGCUUGGAUUUUUCACUAGGAAGUGUAGCAAAGGUCAGCAUUACUCCAAACUCCAUAAUCUAUUUUGGAUUUUUGAUGACUCAAUAGUACUAGUGAGCUUGACAGAUUCUGGAAGCUUCUGACCAGUACUUGGGAAAGUUACUUUCUGGACUACAUAUCUCAAAAUCCUCCAGCCAGUGGCAAAAUCAGAUGGGGAUUCUGACAACUGUUGUCCAAACAAUGACUUUCUCAGGCUCAGACUGUGACAUUUCAGUAUGCUUCUGAUAUCAUGCCCUCUGGCUAUCCCGUGCUACUUAAUAUCUACUUGGAAGCCUCUGAUCGCGUUGAUGGAGUUGUGUGCAGGUCUCUCUCAUGCAAAUGCUGGAUUUCCUCCUCCUCAGUUGACAAUCCAGGUGGAAGGACUAAUAUGAAACACCUGGUUCUAGAAUGCUAAAUACUUCUAUACAAGAUAAGACAAUAAUUCCUCAGACCUUGCACUUAGAUAAGGUAUUUGUCUGGAAAAAAAAUAGCAUAGAUGCAAUCCUACAGGUAUUGUCAUGUGCUAUCAUUUGAACUGAGGAAAUAAAAAAUGAAAGACCCACUUCAAUUAGAUUAGAAGUCUUUAUAUGCAGCUUACUUUUAACAAAAGCUGGGGUCAUUUGUUGCUCAAAUGUGUCUGUAAGACUGCAAAAUGUUAACCUAGGCAAGCCAGUGGCAGUAUUUUGGAACAGUAAAGACAGAUGUUGUUAAACUUCAUGUCUUCUUCAGAAGGUGAAGAACAAAGGUAACACAGA